UAGUACACCGUUUGCGAAAUUCGUCGUUUUUACAUUUUAAAUCUGUGAAAAUUUGUUUUUCUGCCGAUCGACAGUUCCUUUGGCUGGUUUUUCACCCAUUUCCGCAAGACAUCUAUACUACAUAUGAUACUACCUGGCCGAUUUCUUGGGGCUGUCGAUACGAGAUGAUUUGAUGGCCUCCGAUUUCAUGUCCUAUUAAGUUCGUAUAUACGAGUGGAAAUGCCUUCAAAUUUCAAGUGUUGCUUGCAGAUAACGCCGCCAAACUACAGAUUUGUUUGGGUUAAGAUAUCGUCUUUAAGUCAAGAGUAAUAGUCGAUAUAUCCUCUCGAUUUCAAGCCGCCGACUGCAUUAUCAGUUCACAAAUUCUGCAUUGACUUGUGUGUCAUUGCACGCUGUUGAUUUGUGUUUAUAUAUUGUGAAAUCUCUCGGAAUACGUGUUAAUUUGAUUUGUUCUGGCUACCCGAGGGCUUUUGGUUAGUGUAAGAGAUUUUCUGUCGAUAAGCGAGGCAAGAUCGUCGUUUAUCUUGCAAAUGUUUGCCAACUGACUUGGAGACAGGAUUUGUUGGAGUAUUAUCAAGUGAAUCUGGUCAGGACGCUUGUGCAAGUUCAACAAUGUUUUGGAAGUUUGAUCUGCACCCAAGUUCGUCCCUGGAUACGAUUUUGUCAAAAGAUAGCUGCACUUUGUCUGAAAUCUUGGAUGAAGAUGAUGUGUUACAAGAAUGUAAAUCGCAAAAUAGAAAACUUUUGGAUUUUUUGACAAGACCUGACAUUUUGGAGAACUUAGUUGACAUGAUAACGACAGAACCUGACAGUGAUGUCGAAGAAAAACUAAGAUACAAGCAUCCCAAUGUGGCAUGUGAACUGCUAACAUCUGAUGUACAAGUCAUUGUGGAGCAAAUGACUGCAACUGAUGUGCUUUUAGAUAAAUUAUGGACAUUUUUAGACACAGAAAAAACAUUAAAUCCUCUUUUAGCAAGCUUUUUUAGUAAAGUAUUUUCAUUGCUGGUUGGAAGAAAAACGACUUUAGUUCUUCAGUUUCUCAAGUCGAAAGAUACACCCGUGGAUCGUAUUCUCCGACAUAUUGACACGUCGGCAAUCAUGGACCUCGUUUUGAAACUUGCAAAUAACGUGGAAAUCGACGAAUUAAGAUUAGAAGUUUUACAAUGGUUAAAUGAUGAAAAGCUGGUAGAAAAACUGGUUGACCUGGUAGACCCGCAGUAUUCAUCUGACAAAAUCUACAAUGCAUCGCAGUGCCUUUGUGAUUUGAUCAAAACGAGUCGGGAACACAUGUCUCAACUGCAAGAGAGCGCUUAUCAUGAUCCAAUUCUGUCGACCAUUGAAAACAAAGAAACGCUGUCAGUUCUCUUAGAUCAUAUGCUACAUGAAGUGCAUCUUAAAUCGUCUAGUGAUUCCCUGGUGGGAGGAAUAUCUGUUUUGCUGACGUUACUUGAAGUUAACAAGAGCAAUUCCGAGUCGCCGUUUUCUAACGUGGAAAUCGGGGAACCAGUAACAGCAUUGGAUGCGGAAAGAUUGGCACACGGUGUAACGACGACAUUGUCCGCGAUAGUUCCAAAACUGGAUGGUUUUCAUCGCAUAUUAACCGACCCACCUCCGAUGCCCGCAAUGACGACAACUGCUGGUAAACUAGAGCCGCCAUUCGGCAAAACUCGACUUCAAGUUUUGAAGAUGUUCUCGGCAAUCUUGCAGACGAACAGUGACGACGUGAACGAGGAAUUCUCGAAGUUAGGGACCUUACAGGCUAUGUGGGAAUUAUUUUUUCAGUAUCCUUGGAAUAACUUCCUUCACGCUGAAGUAGAACAUUGUAUCAACACAAUUCUCAUUAAUUCGCCGAUGGAGAAGGAUACCGAACAUCUAUUGUUGAUUGCAUUAAUGAAGGAUCUCAACCUCGUUCAUAAGAUCACUGAUGUAUUUACAGUGCAAGAAAAUGGGUCUGAAAAUGGGUGCAAGAGACAUGGCUAUAUGGGCCAUCUUACGAAGAUUGCGAACGAUUUAUACAGAAAUAUGGACAAAGGGAAGAAUCACGAAAAACUUACAAAUCUUUACAACGAACUGGACCAAGGAGACAAAGAUAAAUGGGAACAAUUUGUGUCCGGGAAGCUGGCAGAAAUCAAUAAAAGGAAUAACACAGAUUUGGCAGGACGACAUCCCCUGCAAUCGUCAGAUGACGACGACGACGAAUUUCGACCCGUCUCAUUUCUGCGUAAUGGUGGAAGUCAUGCGUCAUAUCAACAGGCUUUCACGCAUUACCAGUUGCAACAAAUGGCGCCCGAAUUCCUAGAAAACAUGGGUUUCGAUGAGGAUCAGUUCCCAGAAUCUGAUGAGCACAUGAAUGCACCGUUUGAUCGAAUUGCGGAUAUAAAUUUCACCAUUGAUACUAAUGAGGACAGUGGUAAUUCAGCGAUAUUUGAGGCCGCAUGCAAUGAAAGAAUUCACGCGUUCGACGAUCACGAUAGUGACGAAGAGGACAUCUGGAAUACAAAAGAAAUCACGUUCUCCAGUAACACCGAACUGAGAAGUUCUCAUUCGGACGGGUCGGAAAGCAGCGAGAGCGAAGACGAGGAGGUUCAAGGACGGGAUGAAAAACAGGAUCAGUCAACACACGAUGAUAGUGCUGACGAUAUUAAAGACUUCGCUGCGAUACGAACCUCGUCUCCAUGCCCUGAAAAGGCGAAGGAUGAUAAUUGCAAUAUGGACGUCGAUAGUAAUGAGGCCUGGUCGGCCAACUUUGAAUCGGAUUCAGUCUCGAUGGACGUUGUUCAAGGCGCGGAUUCCGUUAGUGUUGGGUGGGCGAGCGAACCAAAUAAGACUGGGGACGAGGAAGAGAACAGCGGCUGGGCAAAGUUUGACGAUCUUGGCAGUAUCGGUGAAACGACCGGUCAAAGUCCUUCUCGAGAUCAACGAUGCAGUUCUCCGGUUGCUAUGGACACGGAAGCGUCAUCACCACCCGCGACAUCUGUUGGAUCAGCUUACAUUGUUGAUUCUGAAGAAGCAGAGAUGUCAGAUGAAAUGACGAGGAAUGAAACGAAACCACAAGAUUCCGAAGAAACUAGCGAAAGUGGAACAGACAAAGUUGACGAAACUGGAGUACCAAAUGACAGUAUGCUAGAAUUACAUGAAGUUGCGGAUUCACAAACGUCGAGCGACACUGUCACAGACCGAAUUGUUCCGCUGGCUCCCAAAGAAGACGACGUUGACGACGACGACGACGAAAUUGAAGCUGAUUCAGACUCAACGACCAGCGCGAAAAAUGAGGACACUCAGGAGAAUGAUAGCGAAAGUAAAACACCAGAAUCGAUCGAAACCACGGAGAAUACGGAGAUGGCAAAGUGUGAGGAAACUUCGGAUAGUUCUCAACAAACGCCUGUAUGCGAGGGUACAAAUAAGGUGAAAGAUGAACCUACCGCUACAGAUGUGAACACUGGUGACGGUGAUAGUGACACGCCAAAACAAGAUUCUCCCAAAGAGAGUCUCCCAAUAGCAUCGCCCGAAAAGAUCCCAGUGUCCGCACGCAACGGUCCGACGUUACCCUAAAUAUGCCACCCCCUACCUGUGAAGAACCCUGCCCCCUCCCUCGGCGAACAGAUGGAGAUAGUGAACCGCUGAACUUCAGUAGAGUAUCAAGGCCUGCUCGACUCGCUCUGAUCUACGGGAGAAUUAGAUAAUAUGAAAUAAUUGGUAUACAUUAAACGCUCCCUCUAUUCCAUAUGAUUAGAGUGCCCUGAUCCAGUAAAUAUUCAGUGAGCUCAGGUUCAUAGAGAACCGAUGUAAUAAUUUGUUUCCCCCCUGUGAGAAUUUGUCGCAUAACACACCGGCCAAAUUCGGCAUGUUUGUGGACAUCUGCAAGAGGCAUUGUUGGUUGACAAGUAACCAAUGUUUCCUAGUUAUCAUCUCCCAGGAGAUUUACAAACCAGGAAACAUUGUUUCUUAGCCUUGCUUUUGGAACUAAAUCGCGAAUAUUGUUUCCUAACUAAGUUUUCUAAACGUGAACAUGCUACUUGCUAGGGAACAUUGCUCUCUCGCCUUGUUUGCUGAAUGCGGACAUACUGGGCAUGUUUCCAGAAAUUCGACUUACUAAGAAACAUUAUCCCUAAUCCCCAAUUCAUGCUUCCGUUUUGAUGAACAUGAACACGGAUCAAUGGUUCUUAAUCAAUGGUUCUUAAUCAAUGGUUUUUAGCCAUAUUUCCCGAUCACCGUAACUCCAGUGUAUUGUAUUGAGCUCACUGCUAGCUAUUAAACCCCUACGGUGAACAAUCUCCGGACACGCGAUGUGUCUCGUGAUAAGGAGGACAUGGGCGCGUGGCAUGUUUCCCUUGGCCUCGUAGUAUUAUGGUGUAAGUAGAAAUUAAGACGCGCAUACAAACAUUUUGGACUUUUUUAAUAAAACUCCUGUAUGUGGUAUGCCUGUAACUUAGAAAAUUUGUGAAUCUAGUGACUGUGUAUAUACUUCAAUAAAUACGCC